AACAGUAACCCAGCAUGGAGGUGGACAACAGAGAAUUUGUCCACACACCGUCGAUGAAGACGGUGCGCUUUGGGGGCAAUGUGCAGAGCACACUAGCUAAAUUUAAGCAGGGCGACACGAGCGAUUACGAAUUGUUAAAACAUCAGUUGUCAGAUCCGGACAUCAAGGAUGCACAGAUUAUCAACUGGUUGCAGGAAUUUAGGACGUGUAUCACUCAACUUAGCAAAGAACACGAACAGCUAAUCUGCGUCGUUCUGCGGUUGCCUUGGCUGGGCCGUAGCCAGGCUGUGGUGGAGGAGUAUCUCAUGUUCCUAAGCAACCUCGUCUCCGCCCAGACUGUAUACCUCAGAACCUGUCUCAAAAUCCUGGUCACCAACUUCACGCCCAAGAGAGUGAAGAUUCAGGAGGGAGACGUGGAUAUUUCAGACUCAGAUGAUGAUGAUGACAGUCUUCCCAGGAACUUUGACCGUUGUCACCAGGCCUUGCAGAUGAUCGCCAGAUAUGUUCCUUCCACCAGCAGGUUUCUGAUGCCAAUCCUCACAGAAAACUUCCCUUUUGUCCAAAAGUCUCCCAGAUCUCUUGAGUGUUACGUUCACAACCUGCUGCGGAUCUCCAUAUACCUCCCUGUGCUGAGGAGAGACAUUCUGGAGCUGCUUAUCAGCAAGAUGCUGACUCUGGAUGCCAACGCUCCACGGAAUGAGAUCGAGGAGGCAGAGGAGAGUGCGGAACAGCAAGGCCAGAGCGGAGAAUCCCAGGACAACGGCAUCUUUGAUAUGGAUGAAGAUGAGGAGAUGGUGUCUGCUCCCUCCCUCAGCACUGCCAUGGUCCACCCUGUUGCAGAGAGACUAGACACGUUAAUGGUCGUCCUGCUGGCCUACAUAAAGGACAUGUGCCAUGUUAAUGGCACGCUGGAGCUAGAGCAAACCAAAGCCCUUUACAGGGACCUGCUGUCUGUGUUUGAUAAACUCAUCUUACCCACUCAUGCCUCCUGCCACGUCCAGUACACUGUCUUCUACCUGUGCAGCUUUAGACUGGGUUUGGCAGAGGCCUUCCUGGAGCACCUGUGGAAGCUCCUGCAGAGCCUGUCCCAGCCCUCGGUGCUCAGGCAGGCCGCCGCUGGGUACAUGGGCAGCUUCCUGGCCAGAGCCAAGUUCCUGCCCGUCAUAACGGUGAAAGCCUGUCUGGAUUUGCUGGUGCCGUGGCUGCACCUCUACAUUGACGGUCAGGACUCCGGGUCACGGGCCUUCUGUGACGUAGACAUCCACGGGCCCUUCUACGCAGCCUGCCAGGCCGUGUUUUACACCCUGAUCUUCAGGCACAGAGCCAUCCUGGACGGCAACAUGAAGAAAGGACUGGCCUAUCUGCAGAGUCUAAACCUGGAGCGAAUUGUUAUGUGUCAGCUGAACCCACUGAAGGUGUGUCUGCCCGCUGUUACCAACAUGUUCGCUGCUAUCACCAGGAAGUAUCAGCUUGUGUUCUGUUACACCAUCAUCGAGCGAAAUGCCCGUACCGUUUUGCCCAUCGUGAGGAGUUCUAAGGGAGGAGACAGUGUUUCCACCAACACAAACCCUUUGGAUAGUUUCUUCCCCUUUGACCCGUACCUGCUAAAGAGGUCGGGGAAGAUUUUUGAACCAAUCUAUCAGGCAUGGGAGGAAUCCUCUGACUGUAUGGUGCAAAGUCCAAAGAAGGACGUGAGAAAGGCGUCCACAGAGGACGAGGAUGAUUUCCUCCAGGGCGAGACGCCGAAAGGAGAAACUAUCCUGGGUAUGACUCCCAGCUCCUACGACUCCAACCUCCACAGCCCCAGGAGCGUGGGCUCUCCCCCUGUCGCCUUUCUGCAGAGGCCUUUCUGAUCUCUGUCCUUCACCGCUCUCCCGAGGAGGAGACGACAGGCGGGACAGGAGCAGUCCGUGAGGAGAACACGUGACGUGGAGGCAGGCAGUGUUUUGGAGAGUUCCUUUUAACAAACACUCAGCGAGUGGUCGUUGGAGGUCAACUGUAAUUGGGGGGAAAAUUGGAGGGGUUAAUGUGAGCUAAUCUGAGGGGUUCGUGUGACCUUCAUUUUCUUUUUUCAGCUCUGGCUUUUUUUCUGUGUAGCACCCUUACAGGUAGUUUUCUAUCAGGUUUUUGACACUAGUCAAAUGGUCCAGUUUCCAUAUGCAACAGUGUAAAAAUACAAAGAUAUGUUUGUAAGAUAUGUUUUGAUAAUUCUGUAUUUAAGGAGGUUUUGCAAAAGAAGUUUUGCAUUUUCACAGUUUAUUAUUGUUUAAUACAUUACUGUA